GAAUAAAAACUAUUGUUUCGAGAUGGAUGUUUUAAACUUUACAAAUUUGACAGAAACGGACGAAAAAGUUCGAUAUGUGCUUUCCAUUCCUGAAAAAAUUGCUCAACAUAUCAUGUGGCCCACGACUAUUGCCGCAAUUAUUGGAAAUUUCCUUCUUUUACUCGUGUUUUCCCAGAGAGCGCUCCUUAAAGCUCACGAUAUGCUAAUUGCAACUCUGUCCUGCUUCGAUCUUGUUCACGCUUUCAUGAAUAUUUUCAACUAUUACUUGAUGUACAAAAUAAACGAUCUCUUCCCAAAGUUUAAUUGCUUUUUCAACAACCUGCUCUACCAUUUCGUACUACUUUCAAGUUGCUUCACUCUAAUUGAGAUCACCAUCGACAGGCUACUGGCUGUAUGCAGUGUAUUGUUUCACCGAAUCCACGCCACGAAGAAGCUCUGCUACGUCACAAUUGCAUGCACCCAGCUUCUCGUCAUCUUCCUUGUCAUGCCCUCGGCUGGAAUCUGUGUCGACGGCGUGGAAACGGGCAGUAAAGCCUACAUGUACGUGACCCACUUCCUGGUGGGUUCGGCGACCUGUGUGGUGAUGGGUGUGUCCUACUGUAACAUCUGGGUCACAGUGAAGAAACAAGCCAAAGCCAGGGCAGCCCAGAUUGAAGCGGAAGGAGGAGGAGGAGGAGGAGCCGCAGUUCGAAAAUCAAAUAGAUUUCACGACUAG